GGAACUUUGUUCAGGUGCUCAUUCCUGAAGGAGUUGGGAAUGUGGGGGUUUGGGGGGGGUGUUGGUGGGGGAGAAGGCAGCUUGAAGUUUAGAGACUGUGUUGUGACUGUAAUGUGUUUGGCCUCACAUCCUUCUGUGUUGGUUUCUUACUUGAAAUGAGGGUUUUCAGACCAUCGACAUUGGACUUAACAGGUUGGACAGUCCAGACUUGUUUCCUGUGGAGCUUAGGAGAGUGAGGGGUGACCUGAUUGAUCUUGAAUGGUCUGCACAAAGUGAGUGUUGGAGGAUGUUUCCUCCUGUGGGUCCGUGCAGAACCAGGGGGCCACUGUUUUAAAAUUGGGGCUCACUGUUUUAGGACAGAGACGAGAAGAAUUUGGAACUCCCUGUCCCAGGAGCUGGUGCAGAUGGAGAUCAGUGAAUAUUAAAACGGAGGUAGAUAGAUUCUUGUUAGGUGGAGAAUCCCAGGUUACUGGGGGGAAUGCAGAAUUCAAAACACAAACAGAUCAGCCAUGAUCUUAUUGAAUGGGGGAGCAGGCUUGCGGGGCCAAACAGCCCACUCAUUCUAUUUAUUUCUUUGUAUAAGUACACAAUUAUAUCAAAUCUCUUGGGAAUUGCAGACUUUGUUCAUGUUCGAGUCAGUGAUUCACAAGAAGUGUGCAAACUGCCAGUUCAUGGCUGUUUCAAAAUGGCAUUGACCAGCUGCCUCUAUGCUCAGUGACACAAGGGAGAAUGGAGCAGGCACUAGACUGGCAUCAAUGAGCCAGUGAUGAGGGGCAUGUAUGUAGAGUGGGAUAGAAGUGGACAAGGGAAGGGCCUGGUAUCCUGGAUGUGAAUGAGGUUUGGGGACAGUCAGUCUGUAAAGGAAGGGUGUAUAUAGAGACUGUGAAAAUGUGGCUCCAUCACAAGGUGUUGUCUGGGAGGCCCCUUAAAGAGCUUUGAGGUCAUCAUCAGUUACAUUUCCAUUAGCUGCUAAGGUUCCCUUCACCAAGUCCCUCACAACACUUUGAAGGGAGGCUCAGCUGAGACACGUCCCACUGAGUGGUGAGUACAACCACAGGCACUAACACAAACAUUCAACAACAAAUCAACAAAAGAACAUGACAUUGUGUCUCCCACAAUAACAGAGAUGCUGCUAAGCUUCCUGUAAGCAGUGAUGAGCAGCAGACAGGUGAGCCACUACCUGGAGUUCUCUGAGAUAAUAGUAACACCCACAUGAUGCAAAUCAAACCGAUCUCAGGAGAAAUAUUUGCAAGCAAAACUUUAAUUUGAAUGACACCUGUGUCCCACCUUUGUGCUCUCAAUAAAUGCUUUGUCUUUUAAUUUGUUUUGAUGGAUUAUGAGUGUCACUGGCCAGGCCAGCAUUCACUGUCCCAUCCCAAAUUGUUCCUGAACUGAGAAGCUCAACCUGUUUCAGAGUCAACCCGACUGUUGUGGGCCUGGAGUCACAUGUGGGCUUGACCCAGUAAGGACAGUAGUUCCCUUCCCUAUAGGACUUUAGUGAACCAGGUCAGGUUUUACAACAAUCCACAAUUAAUGACACCAACUUCCAAUUCUAGAAUUUAAUUCAAAUUGCACCAGCUGGGAUGUUGGGAUUCGAACCUUUGUCACCAGCUCUCUAAAUGACUGUAUCUGUGGCAUUACCAUGACACUACUCACUCAGUUGGGCAGGAAGGCCAUGCUCAUGAUGAGGAAAUUCUCUCUUCUUGCCCAGCUGGUACCUGUUUCAGUCUGAUAUGAAUUAAUAAUUAAAAUCCUUCCCACACCUUCCUGGGUGUUGCUGGAAAGGUUGAAUUAAAGUCACAUGGAAACCAGCAAAAAGCAAAGGCAGAAAUGACACCUGCUGCUCUCCUGGUGUUGGUGUGGGCAGUGGUGUGUCCCAGUUAAAACUCCAGGCCAGCUACAAUAUUAACUCAGAUGAAGAGCAGUCGUCCAGUGCCUCUAUGGAUAAUAAUAGUGAUUGCUGAGCUAAACAGAACAGGGAGCUUCCCAUUAUUUCCCUCAGAAAUACCAGGGGGUAACUCAGAACCCAAGCAGAUACAAACCAAGCCCAGUGGUUGCUCAGCCCAUUAGAAUAUAGCCUGGUAAUACGGUGUCAAAUUUCUCAAAUUUUUGGUCUUUCACCAUUACAUUUCUGUUCAUGCAUGUAUACCUAGUGCCAAAUAUUUAACAAAUUGGACUGUGAGAAUGAAGAACGUCGUGAAGAAGUUGCCCUUGCCCUGCAAUUGCCAGAUUAGAAUGAGAGGAACCUGGGGGCUCUGAGGUUGUUGUCAGUUGUUUGAUAAAAGUGCAGUGUGAUCUUCAAAAAAUGAUGCAAGCUCCUAAUCUCACUGUAACAAAUUGUCAGCUCUCCUGCAGUGUCAUUGUAAACUGUCAAAAUAAAAGGAGCCAGCCACUGAUAGAGACACUCUGAUCGGUUAGUCUACAGCAAGCUUAUGCUAUGAAGACAGACUGAGCAGACAUGGACCAAACUGGCUUCAUUCUCACAGUCUCAGCUCUCCUACUGUCAAUGACAGACCUCACUCACUCACAGGAAGAUUAUGAUGAUUACUCCAAUAAUGAUUCACCAGUUCACCCAGCAAAGGGCUCCAUCCCAAAAGUUGCUGAUAUCAUGAGAACAUUUCUUGCUAAGCAGCACACUCUAAAUGGUUCCAAUCACACAGUGUGGGUGGUGGGCAAGAGAGCCAGAGAGUUACUGACUGGACCCCUCACCACUGCCACCAUCCCAGCUCUCUAUAUUCUGGUCUUUGUCAUUGGCCUCCCAACCAAUGGCCUGGGACUCUGGGUCAUGGCAAACAGGGUCCGCAAAUUACCGUCCACCAUCUUCCUGAUGAACCUGGCUGUGGCUGAUCUGCUCCUGAGCCUCGUGCUGCCGUUCAAAAUUCACUAUCACCUCCUGGGCAACGACUGGCUCUUUGGUGAAGCUCUGUGUCGGACAGUGACCGCCUUUUUCUACGGGAACAUGUACUGCUCCAUCCUGCUUCUCACCUUCAUCAGCAUCGACAGGUACUUCGCUCUGGUCCAUCCCUUUCGCUCCAAGCGUUUCCGGGACAAUAGCUUCGCUGUCGGGAGCUGUUGUGUGAUUUGGGUCAUUGCUGUUCUCCUGGUGUUGCCUUUCUUGUUUGUGGAGCAAUUGUACACCAUUCACAACCUCAACAUCACCACAUGCCACGAUGUCUUACCCCUCGAAAGUCAGGCUGGCUAUUUCUUCUAUUAUUUUGUGUGUCUGGUUGUGUUGGGCUUUCUUGUUCCUUGCUGUGUGACGGUUUUUUGCUAUGGCUCUGUAAUCCGGACCCUGAUUCAGACAGAGAAGCGUUAUAUCCGUGCUGCAGUGCUCACAGUAUUGAUCUUGCUGGUAUUUGUGGUGUGCUUUGCUCCCAGUAAUUUCAUUCUGCUCGCUCACCACUCUGAGUACCGGCUGCAUGAAGACAGUGAACUGUAUAUUUAUUACAUGUUGGGCCUGGGCCUCAGCAGCUGCAGUAGCUGCAUUGACCCCUUCAUUUAUUACUACGUUUCCGAUGAAUUUAGAGCUAAAGUGAAACGCGCUGUUUACUGCCAGAAAGACAAAGGCAGGGCCUUCUCGGGUAAAACGUCCCAGGAGCUCCUCUCUACAACCACCUAUUCACCAUCCACCCACACUGCAGGCCUCACCAGGGGCAUCUGAGCCAGGGGCAGCCCCAAAACCAAACCAAACAAACUCUGCUCAGAAUAUCCCCUCAGUCCCCCCACCCCGAGAUCGCCAGAUUGAAAAGGAUCCCAAAUAUAUCGAUCCAAACAGAUUCUGCUUCCCCCACUGUCAUCAUUUUGGAAUUUACAAAGUGGAAGUGUUCACUUUUUAAGAGAAAGUAUGGGACAGGUCAGGGGGUGCAGGUGAAGGGGAUCAGGUUAAACACCCAGGCCAUGUACCAGCCCAGCAGAGCUGCUGUUUGCUUUCUCUCGAGGGGGUGGGGCUGUUCCUGGUUAUUCAGCCCUGUUCUAAACUCCUCUUUCAGUCUGACCCAUAGAUCAACCUGCUUAGGGAUACGCUGCCUGGAGCAGUUGGGACAUGAACUAAUCUAGAGGUACGGACACUACCACUGUGCCAUAUGGACAUUCAGAGGUAAGUUUCUGCCACAAUUUGAACUGGGAUCAAGGGGUUCAGAGUCCAGAGGACUCCCCGCUACCCCAAUGAACCCCACAGCCCUUAUCCCUAAUUGCCCCAAGGGAAGGUGCCAUUAAAUUGUAACAGUUUAUGCCCAGGUCUGAAUAACCCUCCGAGUAUAAAGACCCUUCUCUGUCCUCCUGUUCAACCUGAGGUAAUUUAUAAGAACUGAAAGAACUGCGGAUGCUGUAAAUCAGAAACAAAAACAGAAGUUGCUGGAAAAGCUCAGCAGGUCUGGCAGCAUCUGUGAAGGAGAAAACAGAGUUAACGUUUCGGGUCAAAUAGGGGAGGAAGGGUCACUAGACCCGAAAUGUUAACUUUGAUUUUUUUCUUCACAGAUGCUGUCAGACCUGCUGAGCUUUUCCAGCAACUUCUGUUUAUGUUUCAGGCAAUUAAUAUCAUGUCUGUUUUUUUUUGGGGGGUGAAGCACGGUUUUAUCAGCAGGGCAGACCCCCACCUAAAAAUACCCAACUCCCAAACCCCUGGGCAUACAUCCAAUAAAACUGGGGGUGGUUGUAAAAUGUAGAACCUACUGCAACUUGCUUUUCGUUUAUUGGGCGGGGAGUGAAAUGGUUGAGCAAUUCACUCAGUGAUUAUUGUUAUUCUCCAUAAUAGAUUUGUAUCUCACAGUA